AUGAAUCAAGUAUCUGGAGGUCGUCCUGACAGGUGGGAGGAGCGUGGUCUGCGGGAAGUCCGGAUUGCGAACUGUUCUGGAGCGCGAGGAGAUCCCGGAUACCAAAUGAGACGUCAGGCAGAACUAGGAGAUGUCGACUUCAUCACAGGAGACUAUCUUGCAGAAAUGAACAUGGCGGAGCAUGCCGAGACAUAUCGGAAAGGCCAGCAUCCCGGCUAUGAACCUUUCGCACUCCAGGGGCUUCGUGAGACCCUACAGUUGGCUGCCCAGAAAGGCAUCAAAAUUGUGAUCAACGGCGGAUCGCUCAACCCUCGCGGACUUGCUCAGGAGACAAUGAAACUGUCGUCUGACUGGGGCCUGGACCUAAGGAUUGCCUUUGUCUCCGGAGACGAUCUUUUCGAACAAGUUAAGGAAGAUAUUGACAAACUCCACUCUGUGCCUGAUCAUUUCGAUGCCGCGAAUUCCAAAGUUCCCAUCGAUCCAGCUAUACAGAGCUUCGCAGAGAAGCCCUCGUCGGAUUCGAUCGUGUCAGCCAACGCGUAUCUGGGAGCCAGAGCGAUAGUGAGAGGUCUCGAGGCCGGCGCGGAUAUCAUCAUUUGCGGACGCGUUGCUGAUGCUUCUCCCGUCAUCGGGGCGGCAUGGUUCUGGCAUUCAUGGUCCGAGACCAGCUAUGACGAGUUGGCGCAGGCGCUGGUCGCAGGCCAUCUGAUCGAGUGUUCAGCCUAUGUGACCGGAGCCAACUAUGCAGCCUUUUAUGAGGUGGAUCCCGAACAGCUUCUCGACCUGCCCUUCCCCAUUGCUGCUAUCGAGUCAGACGGCACUACCGUUAUUUGCAAGCACGCCAAUACCAAGGGGCUGGUGACCGAGGAUACCGUUAAGUGCCAGUUCCUCUACGAAUUACAGGGCAAUCGAUACCUUAACAGUGAUGUCACUGCAGUAUUGGAUGGUAUUAAAAUUGAUCAGGUUGGGCCUGACAGCCUUGUGCACAUUACCAGGGUGAGGGUGACCGGGGUUCGGGGUCAGCCGCCUCCUCCAACAACCAAGCUCGCUAUAUUCUUCCGCGGGGGCUACCAAUCCCAAAUCUUGCUCAACGCGACAGGAUAUGCGACCAUGGAGAAGUGGGCGCUUUAUGAGAGGCAGAUCCGUUUCGGCCUUGGCAAACUGGACAUAGUUGACCAGUUCCAGGUGCUUGAAUUUCAAGUCAUUGGUGUGAAUGAGCCUGAUCCGCAAAGCCAGCUUGCGAGCACAACCUACUGCCGCUUGUUCGCACAAGCCCGUACACCAGACCUUGUUCAAAAGCUUCUCAAGGUUGUCGGGGAGUUCGGCAUGCAGCACUUCUCAGGCUUCCAUCUUUCGCUGGAUCUCAGAACAGGUCUACCAUUGCCUUUUUAUACUUACUAUCCGGCGAAGGUGCCUCAAAAUGAGCUGAGGGAGGCUGUCCAUUUUAUUUCCAAGAGUGGUGAAGUCGAGAGAUCAUUAGAUGCAGGCCAUCCACCACAGUACCAGGAGAUACAGGUCCGAGAUGACUAUGAAACGGUCUCGCCAGUCAGCCUAGACACCUUUAAGCCUACCACCGCAGCAAGGCUAGGAGAUGUUGCCCUGGCGAGAUCGGGAGACAAGGGUGCAAAUCUCAACAUUGGCCUUUUCGUGCGCAAGUCACAGGCCUGGCCCUGGUUUCGCACCUUCAUGACACGAGACCGGCUACGACAGCUCAUGGGCAAGGACUGGUCCGAGGAGUAUCAUGUUGAGAGAGUCGAGUUUCCGAAUUUAUAUGCUGUCCACUUUGUGAUCUAUGGAAUCCUGGGGAAAGGAGUCAGCAGCUCCUCUCGGUUGGACUCGCUGGGCAAGGGUUUUGCGGACUUCAUCCGGGACAGGGUCGUCGAUGUACCUACACACUUCCUACGAUCAUCGCAGAAAACAAAUCUGUAG